AUGCACGGCCCCCUCUGCCGCUCCAAAGCGCGCCCUCAUCGUGCAGCAAAAACAGUAGCCCAAAACAAGCGACGUCGUCAACGAGUCAAAAAAAACGUCCAAAAAGUCCCAUCCACCGGACGAAAAAGCAGAUCUGCUGCACAUAGGCUGUUUGAGGCUUGGCAAGACCUCCUGUCCUUGGGCCUCCUUGCUACGCCGCAUUUUCCGCGUGCCACCGCAGAGACCGCGUCAGACGCCAUGCGAGUCAUGGCAUGGGCUUGCCGGCGUCGCACACCCGCGCCCCUGCAAACCCGUAUUUCCUGGGAGAAGACAAGAUGUCAGAAGACAACAGACGACACCAGACGAAACAAGCGGCAAGACACUGGCCAAGGCGCACAGUACGCAGGGAUGGAUUUCAGGAUUUUUCGGAUUUCAGGCUGGGCGAUCGAACACAACAAUGAGCUUGCUUGUGGCUCCGCGGGGAUGCUCUUGAUGCUCUUGAUGCGUCUCUCGUCUCCUGUUUUCAGCAAUGUCACAUAG